UUUUUAAGCAUAACUGAACACUACGGUGUAGUAAUAUAAAAACACAGCUUCCUCUUCCUUCCACACAAUCAGAUCUACUGACUUGAAAAGACAGCAUUUUAGAGCCAGAUUUACUCAACUUAACUUGUUAUUAGCAUUGAGAUCAACAUGGCAGCAGAGGGGAGUCUUGUUAGCGGUGGUGUUACGUUGGUCCAUACCGAGAGUGAAGGGAAACACUCCUAUGAAGUGAAGAACUUUUUAAACUAUAACAAUGGAAUUUUUAUAAGAAAUGGAGAUAAACUCCUGAUGAUAAACGGGACAGACACCGAGGGUUUACCUCCAGAAGCAGUUGCAGAUAUUCUGGUUAAAGGAUCCCCUCUACUGACUAUCCAUCAUCCGUGCAAAGAACAAACAGCAGAGUGUGCGUCCGAGGAGAUCAGUGCCUACAAAAAGGAGCCAACAGUCAUGAGGUUCAGCCUGAUGAUGGUAAGAGAGGAAAAUCUGGAGACAGGUGACCACCAGAAAACACCAUAUCCAGAAGCAGAGUGGGAAGAUACGGACAUCGAGGAUGACUGUUUCAGUGAUGAUGAUCUGCUUCUUGUCUCCAUGGGUGACACAAGCUUCUCCAUGGUUGUUUCUCGGGGCGUGGAUGCUAACAACCCUUGCCACAAUUGUGGAAGCACAGGUUGUCAAUUUAACGAAGUUGUCAUCAUGCCUGAGACAGCUGAGAUUGCCACUAAUUCUUCACGGAUUGUGAAACUGAUGAAAGAACGGAGCAAUUUGUACCUGAAGAGUGUUUUGAAGAACAAGUACAUCACCCCAUCGAGGGAGCAGAUAUUUUUGAAGGACAGCAUGUCAGCACAAAUCACCAUCUACUAUUAUAUGGCCAGUGCACUAGACAGUCAUGCUGGUGUUCCUGUUGUGCUGAACUUCACUGGCACCAAUAACUUCUUCCGCUGCACCACCGAGAAAGAUAAGAAGGUUUUAACACUCAUGAACUAUGCUAAAAGCGAGCUGAAAAACAUCUGUGCUGAAGACUCAGAAAAAUGGUCCUUUGUAUUCUACAUGACUUCAAAGGGAGACAAUCUUCGUCGUUUCGAGUCAGCACUCCAUAGAGGAUGGUUUAUUCAAAUCCAAAGUGUUAAUCAAAGUGAUAAAGUAGGCAUGCAUGACAGGAAUCAAGUUGAAAAUGAUCCACUCAACAUCUUCUUUAUUAUAAUUGAGAGUUAGACCAUUAAUUAAGGGUCAGAAACCUUACCAACAUGUCGUAGUGACAAGAAAAUGUUUCGUAAAAAAAAACAAAACACACACACACACACAUUUCAAUAUAUUUAAAUACAUUUCAAGUAAAAAAUAAAAAAAAAAACUCAAACCUUGGACCAGUCAAAUAGUUAGACACAAUUUGUUGCAUCAAAUAGAAAGCAGGUGACUGCACUGUUUUAUUCUGUCAGUAUUUUUAAUUCAUAGAUUUUGAAAGAGGACACUUGACAGAGUUUGUUCUCAAAUACAACGUGCAUUUCAAACCCCAACCUAACCCUAAUGAGCUGACCUCACCAUUUGAUUCAAGCUGACAUGAUCAACCCUACUGAAACCCUUGUGUGUCAUUAAAAUUAUCAAUUCUUUGGAUUUGCAACUAUAGUAAAUUAGAAGCAAACUGGUCAUAUUAAUCUGUAAGAGGAUUUUCUGUAAACUGUUAGAUGCACUUGUUAAUGUUGCCUUGCAACUUCUUCAUGAAGUUUGAAAGCAGAAUCUGGGUUGGAGAAAUUUGUUUCAGUUUGGUCUAUGAAUGCAGAGCCUCUCUGCUAUUGCAGUAGUGAGUAGAAGUGUAUCAUACUAUUAGCUGACAUGUUUUUUACAUCGUUAUUCACCUACAUGUGUGUGAAUGAGUGUCAUCUUCUGUUUUUUUAUAUUGAGCUACUUUGAAACUGAUAUUUCGAAACAAUACAUGUGAUUCUAAUUUAUUUUUAUUGCUUUGUGCAUAUGAUUUUUUUUUUUUUUUUUGUGCUGAGACACUGGUUGUUUUUCUUCUUUUUUUUUCUUCUUCUUUUUUUAAGAUUUAUAUUAUUGACCAAUAUUUACAUUUGUCUAUAUAAGCUAAAAGCCACUUAUGACUUUGAACUUUUGCUUUGUGCUACAUAAAUGUAUAUUUAUCAUAUUAUCAUGUUUUCAUGUAUCAUAUAUCUACUUUAAAAUAUUUAAACAAUGAUACCUAAAAAAAACAACAAAAAAAAACAAUAUGAAAUAUUUAAAAAAUGAUACCUAAAAAAUAAAAUAAAAGUAAUUGUGAAAGUGUGUUUAAGUAACUCUUCUCUUCAUUACAUUAAGUCUAUUCCUGUAGUAAGAACUGUAAAGAGAUGGACCAUUGAAGCAAAGCUGGAACUACAAGCCUGCUUUGACUGCACUGAUUGGAGUGUUUUUGAGGCUGCAGCCACAGACCUGGAUGAGCUCACAGAUACUGUGACAUCAUAUAUCAGUUUCUGUGAGGAUAUAUGCAUCCCUAGUAGGACAUUUUUGUCAUUCAAUAAUGGUAAACCAUGUGGUGAUAAAAUCUUGUACAACCAGGCCAGAAACACACUGACUAAGGAAAUCAGAGUGGCUAAAAGAAGCUACUCUGAAAAGCUGAAAAACCAGUUUUCAGCCAAUGAUUCUGCAUCAGUGUGGAAAGGCCUAAAAAGCAUUACUAAGUAUAUGACACCUCCCCCUCACUCUGUAGAGAGUCAUCUAAUGGCUGAUGAACUGAAUGUGUUUUACUGCAGGUUUGAAAAGCCCAAUCUCACACGCUCUGAUUUCACUUCACACCAACACCUCCUGAAACCCCCCUCCUCCCCCCUCCUGCUACUCAACCUGCACUUAUGGUCUGUGAGGAGGAUGUGGGCCGGGUUUUUCGGAAACAAAAGGACAUAGUGUCUAUUUAUACUCUUACCUUUUUUUAUAUUCUGUGUCUCACUGUACUGUUCUGUGUGCAAUUGCUUGUUUCUCCUAUCACCAAAAAAAAAAAAAAAUGUAUUGUGUUCAUGAGCACACUUGGCAAUAAAGCUCAUUCUGAU